GUAGGUGAAAGUAUACCUUCAAUAGAUUUAUAUGAAGGAGAUCCAGGAAAUUCUAUUAAUAUGGCUGAUUUGUGCAAAAAUAAAAAAGUUGUUGUGUUUGGAGUUCCUGGCGCCUUUACUCCUAGUUGUUCUAGGAAUCACCUCCCUGGAUAUCUUCAUAGGCAGGCAGAAUUAAGAAAAAAAGGAGUUGAUGAAAUUAUUUGCAUUUCAGUUAAUGAUACAUUUGUUAUGGAGGCCUGGGGAAAACUUUAUGAGGCAGAUGGAAAAAUAAGAAUGUUUGCAGAUCCAGAGGGAACAUAUACUAAGACCAUCGGAUUAGAUUUUCUUGUACCUAAAUUGGGUGGUAUUAGGUCUAAAAGAUAUUCAAUGGUAGUCGAUAAGGGAAUUGUUACACAUAUAAGUGUCGAACCUGAUGGUGUUGGAUUAUCAUGUUCUUUGGCUUCUAAAUUACCUAUUUGA